AUGCAGGCGCCACCGAUCGACCUCGAGCUAGAGCGUAUUAACAUCGAAUUCAGGCUCUUCACUCUUCGCAAAUAUGUAGCGUUCGGUAGCCUCCGUUACUGCCCCGACUGGGUCGCAAACCCGCACUCGGCCAAGGCCACUCACCCGGCCGCGCCAGCCAUCGUGCCGUUUACUCGGCUAACUAGUGCGCAGGCCCGCGCCGCCUCGCGCACCCGCGCGGUGCAGGUGUACACGGACGGAUCCUUCACCUCGAAAGCGGCAGGGGCGGCGUAUGUCAUAUUCGCUCCCCCGGACCGAGUCUUGGCGGUCGGUCGCUACCGCCUCUUGCGCGCGACCUCCGCAUACUCAGCCGAGGUGGUCGCAUUUCGCGAGGCGCUGAGACACCUCAUUGCUGCCCGCUAUUUCGAGUCGGUCGCCCUCUAUACCGACUGCCUGUCCUUAUUACAGGCCCUUGCUUCGCCGCGAAACGUUGAGCCGCACGUGCUCGAGAUUCGCGCGCUGGUGCGGAAAUUGUCUCGCACGGUGCACGUAUAUCUGUACCAUGUGCCUGGACAUGCUGGCGUUUUCGGCAACGAGGUCGCCGACUUCAUUGCCGAACGGGCUGCGCACCGCGGCAUUGAGGCCUCGUUGCCGCUGCCGUUUCGCGCGGUCAGGAGCCAGCUGCGCAGGGAGUUUCUCGUGCUCUGGACGGCUCGUUGGCGAGCAGAACACUCACGCACCGAACUCUUCCGGUGGAUAACGGACCUGCGUACGCUGCCCUCUUACUUUCCACCACCGCCUUCUCUCGUCACGCUCCUCACGGGGCACGGGCGCUUCCCGCAUUAUUUCGUUCGUUUCCACCUCAUGCGCGCGCCCCGUUGUCCCUGUGGCUCCUAUAGCGUCGACAUGUCGCACAUAUUGCACACGUGCCCUAUAACGACACCUUACACGUCGCGCAUUGCUCCUCAGGAUGCUUACAAGAAGAUGUGUUAUAGCUACAUUCUGGCAUGCCCUCGAAACAGGGCGCUCCUUAUCGGUGCAGUACGUGCCUACUCGGAACGCAUGCCGCAUGUUAUUCCAACCAGCCCCUCAUCUACCUGA